CGCAUCCUCUUUUUGAUGCAGAUAUGGAUUCUCCUCUUUUAACCUCUGGCCUAAUAUCAAAACACGCUUCUUCUUUCUCAUGAGCCCCAAACCCUAUCACCUCUCCACCCAUUCUCCUCACCAGCCACCACCCUCCCACUUGCCGCCACCCUCCCACCGUCUGCCACCAUCCCACUGUCCGCCACCCUCCCACCGUCGCACCCCUCCCACUGUCGCACACGUCCCACCGUCACACCCCUCCCACCUCGUACACCCUCCCACCGUCACACAAUCUCCCACUAGCCGCCAUCAUCAUCAACACCGCCAUCGUCAACAAUCGGGCGAGAAAUCUAUGGUAAAAAAACGAUACAUGCACUUGACAGAAGAGAUCCUGAAAGAGAAACCAAACAUGUGUUCAUACAUGGCACCAUCCUUAAACGAUCGACAAGAUAUUGCUGUCGCGGAAGUACCAAAGCUCGGUGAACAAGCCGUGACUCAGGCGAUCAUGGAAUGGGGACAACCCAAGUCGAAAAUAACCCACUUGGUUUUCGCCACAUCAUGUGGUGUCGACAUGCCAGCAGCCGAUUACCAGCUCACAAAACUCUUGGGCCUUCGUCCUUCAAUCAAACGUUUUGUGAUGUACCAACAUGGUUGUUAUGGUGGUGGCUCGGUCCUUCGUAUGGCGAAAGACUUAGCUGAGAACAACAAGGGGGCCCGAGUCUUGGUUGUGUGCUCGGAGUUGAGUAGUGUGGUAAGUUUUCAUGGGCCGGGUGAAACCAAUAUUGAUAACCUUGUAGCCAGGGCUUUGUUUAGUGAUGGUGCAGCCGCGAUGAUAGUUGGAUCGGACCCAUUGCUUGAUGUCGAAAAACCACUAUUUGAGAUCGUUUCGGCUUCACAAACUAUUGUCCCUGAUAGCGAAGGUGUACUUGAUGGACAUCUUAGAGAGGCUGGGCUUAUAUUUCAUAUCAAUGAUAAAAUUCCAAAACUUGUCUCUAAGAACAUUGGAACAAUAUUAAAAGAGGCCUUUCAACCAUUUGACAUCAUGGAUUGGAACUCAAUAUUUUGGGUUGUGCACCCGGGUGGCCCAGCAAUAUUAAACGAAGUGGAGGAAAAAUUAGCUCUGAGGCCCGAUAAACUUCGGGCCUCGAGACGUGUGCUCAACGAGUAUGGAAAUAUGUGGGGUGCUACCGUCUUGUUUAUCCUAAACGAAAUGCGACGCUCUUCGGCUACAUUUCGUCUCCAAACCACUGGAAAGGGUUUAGAAUGGGGAGUGCUGUUUGGGAUCGGACCCGGGCUCACUGUUGAGACGGUGGUCCUUCGAAGUGUGUCCUUGUGACUUAGUAUCUUAGUGUGCACUAUUUCAUCAUGCAUUGAGUACAGUACGUGUUUGUAUUAAUAAAUAAGGCCAAUAAAAAUGUUUACUCUUUGACGUUUCUAUUACAUUUGA